GCGCGUGAGCGGCGCCGGCGCGGGGCCUGGCGAGCGAGCUUCCGCGGUGGGUGAGCAGGUCGUCGACGCGGGCUCCUGGAGGAGCGCGGCGGCGGGAGCUGUCGCUGUCAGCGGCGGAGUCGACGGCGGCCCGGGCCAUGGAGGAGACGCAGCCGCCACCGCAGCCCGAGCUGCCGCUCUGCGACAGCCUCAUGAUCUGGCUGCAGACAUUCAAGACUGCCUCACCUUGUCAAGAUGUGAAACAGCUGACUAAUGGAGUUGCCAUGGCACAGGUUCUUCACCAAAUUGAUGUAGCUUGGUUCAAUGAAUCUUGGUUAAGCCGAAUUAAAGAAGAUGUUGGGGACAACUGGAGAAUAAAGGCUAGUAAUCUAAAGAAGGUCCUUCAAGGAAUUAUGAGUUACUACCACGAGUUUUUGGGGCAGCAGAUUUCUGAAGAGCUUAUCCCUGACUUAAACCGAAUAACUGAAUGUUCCGAUUCUGUGGAGCUGGGGAGGUUGCUGCAGCUUAUUUUAGGUUGCGCAGUCAACUGUGAAAAGAAGCAAGAACAUAUUCAAAAUAUAAUGACACUAGAAGAGUCUGUUCAACAUGUGGUCAUGACUGCCAUUCAAGAGUUGAUGAGUAAAGAAAUAUUGAACUCUUCUACAAAUGAUACUGUUGGGGAAUUAGAGCAGCAGCUUAAAAGGGCCUUGGAAGAACUUCAGGAAGCAUUAGCAGAAAAAGAAGAGCUGAGGCAAAGAUGCCAGGAACUGGAUAUGCAGGUGACUGCACUUCAAGAUGAAAAGAAUUCACUGGUUUCUGAGAACGAGAUGAUGAAUGAAAAACUUGACCAGUUAGAUGGCUCUUUUGAUGAUCCAAAUACAAUGGUUGCAAAAAAGUAUUUUCAUGCCCAGUUACAACUAGAACAAUUACAGGAAGAAAACUUCAGGCUUGAAGCAGCAAAGGAUGAUUAUCGUGUUCAUUGUGAAGAACUUGAAAAGCAGCUGAUUGAGUUUCAGCACAGGAAUGAUGAGCUGACUAGUCUCGCUGAAGAAACAAGAGCCCUGAAAGAUGAAAUAGAUGUUCUUAGGGCCACCUCAGAUAAAGCAAAUAAACUAGAGUCAACAGUUGAAAUAUACCGUCAGAAACUACAGGAUCUAACUGACCUUCGCAAGCAGGUGAAAACUUUACAGGAAACAAAUAUGAUGUACAUGCAUAACACUGUCAGUUUAGAAGAAGAACUGAAGAAGGCUAAUGCAGCACGUACUCAGUUAGAAACAUACAAAAGGCAGGUUCAGGAUCUUCAUAAUAAACUUUCCUCUGAAUCCAAAAGGGCAGACACAUUAGCAUUUGAGAUGAAGCGACUUGAAGAAAAACACGAAGCUUUACUUAAGGAAAAAGAAAGACUAAUAGAGCAGCGUGAUACUUUGAAAGAAACCAAUGAGGAGCUUCGAUGUUCACAGAUGCAACAGGAUCACCUAAAUCAAACAGAUGCAUCUGCUACAAAAAGUUAUGAGAAUCUUGCGGCUGAGAUUAUGCCAGUGGAAUAUAGGGAGGUGUUCAUUCGACUGCAGCAUGAAAACAAGAUGCUUCGCUUGCAGCAGGAGGGAACUGAGAACGAACGUAUUGAAGAACUCCAGGAGCAGCUGGAACAGAAGCAUCGCAAGAUGAAUGAAUUGGAAACUGAGCAGAGGCUGAGUAAAGAGCGCAUCCGAGAAUUGCAGCAACAAAUAGAGGACCUCCAGAAGUCUCUACAGGAGCAGGGUUCCAAGUCUGAAGGCGAAAGCUCCAGCAAACUAAAGCAGAAGUUGGAAGCUCAUAUGGAAAAACUAACAGAGGUCCAUGAAGAAUUACAGAAGAAACAAGAGCUCAUAGAAGAUCUUCAGCCAGAUAUAAAUCAAAAUGUACAAAAGAUCAAUGAACUUGAAGCUGCUCUUCAGAAGAAAGAUGAAGAUAUGAAAGCAAUGGAGGAAAGAUAUAAAAUGUACCUGGAGAAAGCCAGAAACGUAAUAAAAACUUUAGAUCCCAAAUUAAAUCCAGCAUCAGCUGAAAUAAUGCUACUCAGAAAGCAGUUGGCAGAGAAGGAGAGAAGAAUUGAGAUUCUAGAGAGUGAAUGUAAAGUAGCAAAAUUCCGCGAUUAUGAAGAAAAACUCAUUGUUUCUGCAUGGUAUAACAAGAGUCUAGCUUUCCAGAAGCUGGGGAUGGAAUCCAGACUUGUGAGUGGAAGUGGUGCUUGCAGAGACAGCGGGGCAUGUGCACCUGCGCAGUCGUUCUUAGCACAGCAGCGACACAUCACCAGCACCAGAAGAAACCUCUCUGUUAAAGUUCCUGCUGCAACACCCGAUUAAACUGUGCAAGAAAACCAAGCAGAAGUUCCCUUAUAAUAUUUUGUACCUUCCAGCUAACUACCAGAUUGAGAAAGGAAGCUUAUGAUGCUGAAUAUCAGCUAUUUAAAAAUCAAAAUACGUCAAAUUAAUUGUGCCAACCAACUUUGAAAACAGUAUAGAAUUAGCUGUCUCUCUGGAGGAGUACAUUUAAAUAACUGGAAGAUGUAAUCAGGCAUACAUCUCAGACAAGUAUUUGUCUUUUGAGAGUAAAUUAUUUCAGACUUACUUUGUGUAAACUUAGUAUUUUCAGUUGUUAACAUUAACUUGAUUCACUUUUAAUAUGUAAUCAGUAAUGUGUUAUUUCAAAAUGUAUAUAGAUUUGUAGGUUUUUUUUUUUUUUUUUUUUUUUUUUUUUUUGGUCCACAUAAAAUAGUUUUGAGGCAAGCACAUGGAGAAUUGCACAGAGGUGAUUUCUGACUUUACACACAUUUUACUUCUGAUCUUCAGUUCUUUAUCGACUGUUUUGUCAUGCCAUGGAUGAUAAAACAUCUGGAAGAUUAGCUAUUAGAGUGAAUUUUCUGUGGCAAAAGUAACUAAUUGGCAGUGGUGCAGACUCUGAAGAUGUCAUAAUUCUGUAGGUGUAUGUGGUAAAAGCUUCUCAACAGCAUGGUUGAAACAUUUGUAAGGAGUGACUUAAAACUUUUUUUUAUUUGGGAGGCAGAGAAAGACAGGAAGAGCUAAGAGCUCUCAUCCACUGGUUAGCUCCCUAACUGCCUACAAUGUCUAUGACCGGGCCACGCAGAAGCUGAGAGCUGGGCCAGGAAGGAAAGCCAGGUCUCCCACACAGAUGGCAAGAACUCAAUCCACUCUGCCUCCCAGGGUGUGCAUUACUAAAGGAAGCUGAAAUGAAUGGCAAGCAGAGCUAGGACUCAAACCCUCACACUCUGGUGUGAGUGGGCCAAAGCAUCUUAACCUGUGUCCUAACUGCUAGGCUUAACACUUACCCCACAGUUUACUUUCUGAUAGAAAGCAAGAUGAACUACUUUGUGUGAAACAUCUGUAAACUUUUUAUACAAUUAGGAGGAUUUCAAACAUACCACAACAUCACAGUUUUGCUCCUUAAAAAAGAUACAGUGGUAAAACAACACAGGAUAAGUUUGAUUGUGUUUCCCAGUUAAGCAGUUUGUCUUGAUCUGAGUUUGUGAUAUGGAGUAACUUCUGCCCAAAGCUCUUAAUUUCAAAGAUGUUAUUUUUAAUUUUGGGGUCCAUUUUAAAAGUCACAACUUUAGAAUUUCAAUUAAAUUGUGUUAAUUCAUUCUAUCAAACAUUUUGUGGUCACAAGCUACAUGUGACCAUUUAAACUAAAUUUAAAAAUUCAGGUCCUUGGUGGCACCAGCCACAUUUCACACACUCAGUAGCUAAAUGCACCUAAUGGCAGCUGUUUUGGACAGCACAAAUACAGAGUAUAUCUAUCAAUCAUUGCACAAUGUCUUGUUGAAUGCCACCAUAGUAAAUCUUUUUACAUUAUUGGGGAAAUACUCUGAUACUAGAGCAUAAGAAUUAAAUAUACUCUGUUUCAGAUAUAAAAAUUGAACUGUGACAUAACUAGCAUCCUGUAUUCUCUAUAGUUGAAUACCUUAAUGUUGUGACAACUCUGUCUUUCCAGUGCUCUUGAACAGUGACCUGCUUAGCAGCCAUAUCUCUAGGCCAGGGCUCGGCAGAUGUUUUGAGAAGGGAAAAGUAGGAUAUAUUUUAGACUUUGUGGUCUUACUGAAUUGCUGUCUCAAGCAGUGAACUCUGCUAUUCUACCAUGAAAGCAGCCAUGCACAAUAUGUAAAUAAGAUGAGUAUGGCUGUGUUUCAGUAAAACUUUAUUCACACAAACAAGUAGUAAACCAGAUUUGACUGGCACUCUGUAGACCUAUGAUCUGGAAUUUGUUCUUAACCUUCUUUGCAAAUAUGAGUAUUGUUCCAUUUACAGUGUUACUCAUUUAGAUACCAGGUUUAGGUUCUUGCCCAGUAAUUUUUUUUUAAUUUUGAGUUGCUGAAAAUAUAAGAACUUUUUACAGCAUCUGGAUCUCUGAGAUUUGGGAACAUCUGUCAGGUGAUUUUGCUUCAUCAGGGUUACUUCUGUGACUGACUACCUCUUAGAUUUUGAUGUUUUUAUCGGUAUAAUUAUUGUUGGUUUGCAUUUUCGUAUAUUCUUGUAGUGUCUGUUUUCCUGUGACUUUUAGUGAAAUGAAAAAGUCUUUGAAAAUAUUUUAGCAUGCUAUUAAAAAUUUUCUAAAUAUUAUAGCAUUUGGGUAUAUUUUGGUCAAGGAAGAUGCCCCUUUGGUGUUUCUAUUUGCCUAUAAUUCAGAUUUUACAAGUUCUUCAAGCUCCCUUUUAGUAGAAUUUAUUGUAAAACAUCAAUUUCAAUAAAUUAAUGUUUCACAGUUAAAUGCUCAUAAAGUUUCAAUUAUUACACUUGGAAUUUCUAAAUAAUAUGUUUAAUUUCUAAAUAAGGACAUAAGGCUAGAAGAUUCUUUUUUCUUAAUAGAGAAAUUUUCUGACUUUUCUAGUUGAUAAGUGGAAUUUUAAAUAUUUGAUAUGUCAGUAUUUAUACAGGACCAAUGUAAUUUAAAGUUCUGUGUUACUGUGAUUUAUCAUACAUAAAUUCAGGAACUGAUCAGAAGUGAGAUCUUUUCCACAUCUGGUUAAUGUGGUGAGAUUGACACCCUGUGGGUGGUAAAGCGUUAAUAUUUUGUUAUGAAGCAUAAUUUACACACAUCUGUGUUGUAAGAGGGGCUUGAAUGCAUUUAUCAUAGAAAAGAUAUUCAGCAUUUAUCUAUUUGCAAAGGAAUGGACUGUCCUAGUGAUUAUAAAGUAGAACCACAGACCAAUUUGGAAAUGAUUUUUAAGUCUGAACAUUUGCCAGAAGACGAUUCUUUACCUUUUUAAAGAUGUGUACAUCUAACAGUAAUGUUUAUCCUGAGAUUAACGUAUUGAGAAAUUUGAAGUUUAUUCUAUUUUUUCUAUAAAUAAGACUGUCAAAUUAAUGAUUUAAUAGAGAUUAAGAAUUAAUAUCUUAUCUAGAAAUAUUAGUCUUAGUAUCCCCUAUUAGGAGGUCAUCAUCUUUGAGAACUGGAGUGUUGAUCUGAAUGUUAGUUAAUACUUCCCCAUCCACACCUGCUUCUGUGUAGCGGCACAUCUGUCUCUGUGACAGGGUGGCUUUCAGGAUGGACUCCUGUCUGUGCUAGGUUCUCUAUAUGUAUAUGUAAUGAAAACAUUCCUAUGUAAAAUUGUGUGCACAUGAUUGUAUGCAUACAUUCUUAUUGUGAACCUCUACAUUGCAAAGAAGUACCUUGGAAAUUUGUAAAGCACAAAGCAUAGAAGAAAACCGUGUGCAGUUCUUACUCUUGAUGUUGCUAAAGUGUCAUGUUCAGUUUAUAAAAGGUCCUUUCUAUUUUCUAUGGCAAAGACUUUGACACUUGAAAAAUGGAAGCAAUACUUGAUUUAUUUUUGUAAGUAUUUAGGAUAUUAUUUUAAAUAAAUGAUUGUCCAAUAAUAUAAUAGUUGUAACAUGUCUUAAGUAAAUAAACUUUUUGCUUCUG